UAAUCUCCUUGGGCCCAGCACCGCGUCGCGAGCCAUGGUUUAUCGCCGGGCUCGCUCGCGUACAUUAGAAUUUGUUUUUUGAUUAACGUGAAUUUGAUGCUGCGAUGAGUUAUGGUGAAUCGGUGGACAGUGCAAUGGAUUGUUUGGGAAUAAACUUGUGAGUGGUUCGAGUAAUUUUGUGCUGUUGGUGGACAGCUGAUAGUGAAUGUGAAGAUUUUUGAGUGAGUGAUAAGGAUAACGUGAUAUGAAGACAGAGGCCGAGGACUUGGCGCCUGAGGGCGUAUGUGAGGGUAAUGGUGUGGCUAAAGCAACAACAACAACGACAAUCGGCCAGGACGUGUCACCGGGUGUAAUGGAGUGCGGUGGUUGUGGUGAACGGGUACGCGAAAGAACAGUCCUCUGCGUUGGCGGUAGAACAUGGCACUCGAGGUGUCUGAGAUGCUGUGCAUGUGCACGGCCUCUGCACGAUCAGCACUCGUGCUUCCUCAGGGGGAUGAGACUUUAUUGCCGGCACGACUAUGCUCUGGCAUUUGGCGCUAAAUGCGCUAAAUGCGGGAGGAGUGUGAGCGCUGGUGAUUGGGUCAGAAGAGCGAGAGAGAGGGUUUAUCACUUGGCAUGUUUUGCUUGCGACGCGUGUUCACGUCAACUCUCGACUGGUGAACAAUUCGCUCUGCUCGAUGCACGAUUACUAUGCAAGGCCCACUAUCUCGAUGUCGUUGAGGGCAACAACACCUCGUCUGAUGAAGGUGGCGACUCGGAGAGCGGUCACAAGGGUGGCAAUAAAGCGAAGAGGGUGAGAACGACAUUCACUGAGGAACAGUUGUCCGUUCUUCAGGCGAAUUUUCAAUUGGACAGCAAUCCCGAUGGUCAGGAUUUAGAGAGGAUAGCGCAUGUUACGGGGCUGAGUAAAAGGGUUACUCAGGUUUGGUUUCAAAAUUCCAGAGCGAGACAGAAAAAACAUUUGCAUACGGGGAAGAUGAAGGGCCAACAUACCCAUCAGUCGCCACCGAAUUCCACAGCAUCACCUGGUGAUUUUGGACGGCACAUAAAUCUGCAUUUGACAUAUUCCUUUCAGCACCAACAACACCACCAGCAGAAUCAGGGACAUCAGACCCAAUUAAGCCCGGCGGCAUGCAAAAGCCCAACUCCCUCUAUCUACCACAAUCAUGGUUCAGAACAGUCCAUGGACGAACUAUCUCAGGACUCCAUGAUGCUCACGAUGCCAAACGAAGUGUGAACCCUUCAUCAACCCUCUUUUGUAAAUAUACUCUCAGUAUUUCCUCUAAAUUAAAGUUUCGUCGCUGACGAGGGGCUUUGGUGUGUAAUUAAGGAUCUCCCAAAUGAAUCCGGACAGACUCCCAAGUGAUAUUCGCCGAAAGCUCAGAGACUCUGAGAAAGUCCCGGACUAAGAUCCGUUUUUACGGUGAAACCUGAGCAAUAUCCGAUUAAAAAAAAAAACAUUUCUAACUGAUUCAUCAAAUUAUGCUUGCGCUUAGUUCUCUCUGUAAUCAAGAUACGUGUACGUAGAUAAAUUAAAAAUUUGGCGAGCACAAAAAAUCCGGGCCAGUGUGAGCCGGAAGUUGUCACUAUUUUUGUUUAACUUUCAAUGUUCUUAACGUCGGGCCACCAGUGAAAUCCAGGUGAGAGUUAUUACUCUAGAUAACACUGUCAUGUAAAUAUUGUAAACUAAUUAGUUAUUGAAAUAUACACUGCACUUACCUUGUGUCUA